AUGUCCUCCUACGACGAAAAGUCGCGAAAGGCGGAUAACAUCGACCGAGGCAACAAAGGCGUCGACUACACCGGCACAGCGAUCUUCUUCGGCGGCCGCCUCCUCGAUCCCUUCGUGCAAUAUGGCCUCCUCAAGCACGACUGGGGCCGUCCUCUCAUCGAACGUCUCCGCGGCAAGACGCUCCCCCAAGGGCCGCCCUUAAUCACCAAAUCCCCCCUCGACCGCCUCGGGCUCUCGCCUUACCGAACGAUCCUAUGGGCGAUGUCGGUCGGGAGCAUGGUGAAGCAGAAUUAUCACUUGACGGCGAUAAUGCAAGAGAAGAUGAGCCCCGCAGGCGGCAUCAUGGUCAGCGUGGGCAACAUGCUGGGCAGUACAAUCAACUCGCUGCUGUUCGUCUGCGCGCAGACGUCCGCGAGUGCGAACGGCGAACACUUCCCGCAGACGCCGCUCAUUGUCGGUUCAGCACUGUAUACAGCCGGCAUCGUGAUCGAGUGGUUAUCGGAGCAGCAGAGACACGCGUUCAAGAAGGAUCCGGCGAACAAAGGGAAGCUGUACACGGGAGGGCUUUUCAGUCUGUCGAGGCAUAUCAAUUAUUUGGGAUAUGCGCUUUGGAGGACCGGGUAUGGGCUUGCGGCUGGGGGGUGGGUUUGGGCGGGGACGCUGUUUGCGUUGACGACGUGGCAGUUUACGCAGAUGGUUAUUCCGGUUCAUCAGCAUUAUAUGGAGGAGAGGUACGGUGAGCAGUUCGAGGAGUACAAGAAGGCGACGCCUUAUAAGUACAUCCCUUGGGUCUACUAG